UGGCCGUAGGGCUUGCUUCUAUUGGACCAGGAGUUGGUCAAGGUACUGCAGCGGGACAAGCUGUGGAAGGGAUUGCGAGACAACCAGAGGCAGAGGGAAAAAUACGAGGUACUUUAUUGCUUAGUCUGGCUUUUAUGGAAGCUUUAACAAUUUAUGGACUGGUUGUAGCAUUAGCACUUUUAUUUGCGAAUCCUUUUGUUUAAUCUUACAAAGAAAAAUCUAUAUCUAUUUAUUAUUUCUUUAUUUAGUGGUAUUUUUAAAAAUAAAAAUAAUAGAAUAAAUAAAAAAAAAGAGAGAUAAUUAUUCUAUCUAAUAAUUAUUCUUUCUAUAAGAAAGAGGAGACCAUAUGAAAAAUAUAACCGAUCCUUUCCUUUCCUUGGGUUAUUGGCCAUCCGCCGGAAGUUUCGGGUUUAAUACCGAUAUUUUAGCAACAAAUCCAAUAAAUCUAAGUGUAGUGCUUGGCGUAUUGAUUUUUUUUGGAAAGGGAGUGUGUGCGAGUUGUUUAUUUCAAGAAUAGGUUGGAUCCAACCAACUGCACUUUAUUUUUUGGUAUUAAGUAGGAAAGAAAGGGUGCAUGAUUCCACGAAUUACUUCUGAAUAAAUUAAGAAAUCAUAUUUAAGAACUAUAGCAUUUCGUGAUUCAUUGGUAAAUCUACUUUGAUUCUCUAUCAACCAAUAAUGUGGGACCAUUAACAGGGUUAAAGCUACACCGUUUGAAGUCCAGAUACAAGCAUGGUACUCUUUCUACUACCAUGUUAAUCCAGAAAUGGUUUCAAAAUGAAGAGUUGGAAUUUUUUUCGAUAUAAAACACUCAUGUCGAUAAAAAACGGAUUUAAACCUUUUCUUUUGUUUGAUUGAAAAAAUGAAAUAAAAAAAUGUGUAUUUCAACACCCUUUUUUUAUCUUUUUUAUCCAAUGCUAAGUGGAUGACCUAUGUAUAAAGUAAGAGGAAUUCUUUGGAUUUGAGGAAAAAAAGAAACAACUUUGCUGACAAUUAUUUGUUUGGUCAGAAGAGUCCUCCGAAUAUUUUUUUUAUUGGAUUAGUGAGCAGUUUCAAUAUUUUUCUAUUCGAAUAUGACUAGAGAAGAGAGGACAGGCUCAUUACAUUAAAAAAAAGAUAUUGGGAAUUCUGAUAAGUAUCAGAAGUAAUUGAGCGUGAGAGCCAAAUGAAUCGAAAGAUUCAUGUUUGGUUCGGGAAGGGAUCGUGGAAGUUUUGAAAUGAAUGGAAAGAUAAUCUACUUUCAUUAAGUGAUUUAUUAGAUAAUCGAAAACAGAAGAUCUUGAAGACUAUUCGAAAUUCAGAAGAACUACGCGGGAGGGCCCUAGAACAACUGGAAAAAGCCCGGACCCGCUUACUAAAAGUAGAAAAGGAAGCGGAUCUGUUUCGAGUGAAUGGAUAUUCUGAGAUAGAACGAGAAAAAUUGAAUUUGAUUAAUUCAACUUCUAAGACUUUGGAACAAUUAAAAAAUUACAAAAAUGAAACCAUUCGUUUUGAACAACAAAGAGCGAUUAACCAAGUUCGACAACAGGUUUUCCAACAAGCCUUACAAGGAGCUCUAGGAACUCUGAAUAGUUGUUUGAACAACGAGUUACAUUUACGUACCAUCAGUACUAAUAUUGACAUGUUUGGAAUGAUGAAAGAAAUAACGGAUUAGUCCUUCUAUCGCAAGGAUUAUUUUUUUUGUUUGAAAGAAAAAAAUAAUUAAGAAAUAUUCAUGGUAACCAUCCGAGCCGAUGAAAUUAGUAAUAUUAUCCGUGAACGUAUUGAACAAUAUAAUAGAGAAGUAAAGAUUUUAAAUACCGGUACCGUACUUCAAGUAGGCGAUGGUAAUUCUCGUAUUUAUGGUCUUGAUGAAGUAAUGGCAGGUGAAUUAGUAGAAUUUGAAGAGGGUACCAUAGGCAUUGCUCUGAAUUUGGAAUCAAGCAAUGUCGGUGUUGUAUUAAUGGGUGACGGUUUGCUGAUACAAGAAGGGAUCGUAAAAGCAACGGGACGAAUUGCUCGGAUACCGGUAAGUGAGGCUUUUUUGGGUCGUGUUGUAAAUGCGCCGGCUAAACCUAUUGAUGGUCGAGGUGAUUUCAACUUCGAAUCUCGUUUAAUUGAAUCUCCCUCUCGUAUUAUUUCGAGACGUUCCGUAUAUGAGCCUCUUCAAAGACUUAUUGCUAUUGAUUCUAUGAUACCUAUAGGACGUGGUCGGCGAGAAUUAAUUAUUGGGGACAGACAGACUGGGAAAACAAGAGUAGCUACGUAUACGAUUCUCAACCAACAAGGGCAAAAUGUAAUAUGCGUUUAUGUAGCUAUUGGUCAAAAAGCAUCUUCGUGGCUCGGUGGUGACCGCUUUACAGAAAGGGGAGCUAUGGAAUACACUAUUGUGGUAGCCGAAACGGCGGAUUCUCCCACAUUACAAUACCUCGCUCCUUACACGGGAGCGGCUCUUGCUGAAUUUUUUAUGUACCGUGAACAACACACUUCAAUCAUUUAUGACGACCCCUCCAAACAAGCACCUUAUCGCCAAAUGUCUCUUUUAUUACGAAGACCACGCCGCGAAGCUUAUCCCGGAGAUGUUUUUUAUUUGCAUUCACGCCUUUUGGAAAGGGCUAAAUCAAGUUCUAGUUUAGGUGAAGGAAGUAUGACUGCUUUACCAAUAGUUGAGACCCAAUAGGGAGAUGUUUCGGCUUAUAUUCCUACUAAUGUAAUUUCGAUUACGGAUGGACAAAUAUUCUUAUCCGCCGAUUCGUUCAAUGCCGGAAUCCGCCCCGCUAUUAAUGUGGGCAUUUCGGUCCGAGUAGGAUCCGCGGCUCAAAUUAAAGCCAUGAAACAAGUAGGCAAAUUAAAAUUAGAAUUGGCACAAUUCGCGUAAUUAGAAGCCUUUGCACAAUUUGUCGAUCUCGAUAAAGCUACUCGUAAUCAAUUGGCAAGAGGUCAACGAUUACGUGAAUUACUCAAACAAUCUCAAUCAGCCCCUCUUUCGGUGGAAGAACAUAUAAUCACUAUUUAUACCGGAACGAACGGUUAUCUUGAUUCAUUAGAAAUUGGCCGUGUAAGGAAAUCGCUUGAGUUACGGAAUUAUUUAAAAACGAAUAAACCUCAAUUCCAAGAAAUCAUAUCUUCUACCAAGACAUUUACCGAAGGCGAAGCCCUUUUGAAACAAGCGAUUCAAGAACAAAUGGAGCGUUUUCUACUUCAAGAACAAGUCUAAAUAACCGGAUCUCUUUAAAUCCGUAAAUCUGUCUAUAUUAAGUAAGAAGUGUAUAUAAGAAGCGGAUCUUUUAUUUAAGCCAUUCAAAACAUCUUUCUUGAUAUAGAAAUAUCAAAUAAAAUACAUAUGGAAAUAAAUUGCGUCCAAUAGGAUUUGAACCUAUACUAAAGGUUUAGAAGACCUCUGUCCUAUCCAUUAGACAAUGGACGCUUUUCAUUUCAAUUUUUAUUUUUUCUUUUUCUUGUUUUCUUUUUCUUGUUCGUAAAAAACGAAUAUAGGACAGGGUCGGGAAUUGGGUAUUCAAUUUGCAUUUUAAUAAUGAAUUACAUUAAUUAUAUUCGAAUUAUUAAAUUCGAUUAUUUUCUAAAUUUUAGAAUAUUUUCUAAAAAUUUUAUUUCUAAUAGUAUUUAUUAUACCUAAAUAGUAUUUAUUAUACUUUAAUUUGAAUAUUUUUAUUCAAAUGAAAAAAUUCAAUAUUAUUUGAAUUUGUAUUUAAUAUUUAGUUUAAAAAUAGAAAAAUUUUUCUAAUAUAAAAAUAGAGAGAUUGUUAGGAAUAAUGAAUAGAGAUAAGAAAUCAAGUAAGCACAAGCGGGUAGCGGGAAUCGAACCCGCAUCGUUAGCUUGGAAGGCUAGGGGUUAUAGUCGACGUUGAUUCAUCAGUUUUAAUUUAACGUCUCUAAUUCAAAACCGAACGUGAAACUUUGAUUUCAUUCGGCUCCUUUAUGGAAUAUGAAUAAAUUUCCAAAUGUAAGAUAUGAAUGAAAUUAAAAAAAUUCAACCUAUAACAUCUACGUCAGCUUUUCUGUAUGAAUGCAUUCAAAACGACC